CAGUCCGCGCGCGCCCUUGCUAUGUGUCGGUGGGUGACGGCCCUUGUGGCGUGCCUGCUCGUGAGCGCCGCCGUCGCGCGCAAGUCCGCGCCCAAGCCGGAGCAGGAUCCCCGCAUCGAGGAGGUGACCGCCAAGCAGCUCGAACGACUCCUCGACGAGAAGGACUUCGUGGCGGUGUACUGGUAUGCAAGAAGCUGUGUCACGUGCGAUAAAGUGUUAGAAGAGCUAGAGAAGAUAGAUGACGACACAGACACGUUCGGCGUAGACUUCGUCAAGAUCAACGACAAGCGGCUCGCGAAACAGCAUGGUAUCACGAAAUUCCCCGCCCUCACGUACUUCCGUGAGAAGGAACCGAUCAUUUACGAAGGAGAUCUCAUGGACGAAGAAAGCGUCCUGGAUUUCCUGACGAGCUUAGAAGCAAUGGACCUUCCAGACCGGAUAGAAGAAGUGAACCAGAAGAUCCUCGGAAAAAUAGUUGAGGACACCGAAUACGUGGCUGUUCUCUUUUGUCCUGAUCACAAAAAUUGCGGGCCGAUGAACAAUAAACCAGAAUGUAAGAAAUGCGCGAAAGCGCUUCAAGAGCUAGAAAAUAUUGAUGAUGAGGCUGAUCAGCUCGGUAUAGGCUUUGUCAAAAUUCAUGAUGAGGAACUCGCCGAAGAGUAUAGUCUUGGUGAUCUGCCAAGACUAGUCUACUACAGGCAUCAAAUACCGAUUAUCUAUGAAAGUGAACUAAGCAGGGAAGAAGAUGUGUUGGAAUGGCUCAUUGCGAAUAAAUCGACUGGGGACGAGGAAGAUGUCAUCGAAGACGUUACAGCAAAAACCCUUAAUACCUUAAUUGGAAAUGUCGAUAAUCUUGUUGUGCUUUUUUAUGAUCACGGAGAUGAAGAAUCCAUGACCGUUUUAGGAGAGUUGGAGAAGAUAGAUGACGAUUGCGAUCGACAUGGAAUACAAUUUGUAAAGAUCGAUGAUAAGAAAUCAGCAAAAGAAUUUGGCAUCGAUGACGUUCCUUCAAUAGUUUACUUCGAAAAACAAAUCCCCAAUGUUUACGACGGUGAUCUACAGAAUGAGGAGGAGAUGUUAGAAUGGCUUGUCGGUCAAUUGGAAAAGGACGAGAUUGAAGAUGUAACAGACGAAAUGUUGGAUCGUCUUAUUAAGGACGGUAAAACUGUUGCUGUUCUGUUUUACGAUAACAAUGACCGGAAGUCGCAAAGAGUGUUAAAUGAACUGGAGAACAUCGACGAUGAAUGCGAUCAACUGGGUAUUGCAUUUGUUAAAAUUGAUAACGAUGAUGAAGCCAAAGAGUAUGGUAUUGAUAAAAUUCCAACUCUAUUAUACUUUGAAAAGGGUAUACCGACAUAUUAUGAGGGUAAUUUAGAAGAGGAAGAAAAAGUACUGGGUUGGUUAAAGCAUCAGACAGAGAGCGAUGAAAUCGAAGAUAUCACGGAUGAAAUGUUGGAUUUAAUCAUUGAGAAGAUGCCUUAUGUCGCUGUUUUAUUCUACGAUAAGGACCAAAAGAAAAGUCAAAAAAUCUUAGCUGAGUUAGAAAAUAUUGAUGAUGAAUGUGACCAAAACGAUAUAGCCUUCGUAAAAAUUGACGACGAUAAUGAGGCUAAGGAAUACGGUAUUGAAACAAUUCCAACAAUGGUAUUUUUUGAAAAGGGUAUUCCUCAUGUUUACGAAGGAGAUUUAAUGAAGGAAGAUGAGCUGUUUGGGUGGCUACUACAUCAAAAGCGUCACAGUGAGAUACCAGAAGUGACUGACGAGAUGAUGGACAAGCUUAUUGAAAAUACCAACUAUUUAGCUGUUAUAUUCUAUGAUAAAGAUGAUAAACAAGAUAUCCGAAUAUUGAAUGAGCUUGAAAAUAUUGACGAUGAGUUAGAAAAGGAAGGCAUUGUCAUAGUCAGAAUGGACAAUGACGCCGAAGCAAAAGAAUAUGGAAUAGACCACCUUCCCACACUUGUAUACUUUGAAAAUCAUAUUCCUGCUAUAUACGAAGGAGAUCUUAUGAAUGAAGAUGAAGUACUUGAAUGGCUCAUUGAACAAAAAAAUAGUGCAACAAUUGAAGAAGUCACCGAUGAAAUAUUGACAGACCUUAUUGAAGAACACGAAUAUGUUGUCGUUUACUUUAGUGGAACUUGUGAAGAAGGCGAAGAAUGUGAUAAUAUCCUUGAGGAAUUAGAAAACAUCGAUGAUGAACUAGAUGAAACUGGAAUUAUAUUCGUAACAACAGAAGAUAUGACGCUAGCAAAAAAAUAUGGCAUCAAGACUUUCCCUGCACUUGUUUUCUUCCGAAACAAAGAACCCCUAAUUUACAAAGGUGACAUUGAAGAUGAAGAUGAAGUUCUAGCAUGGCUUACAGACGAAGAUACCUUGGAAAUACCUGGAAAAAUUGAAGAAGUGAAUUCUAAAAUGCUGGAAAAAAUUUUAGAAGAAAACGACCAUGUAGUUGUUUUCUUCUAUAAAGAAGGUGAUAAAAAAGCACAAAAAAUUCUAAGCGAGUUAGAAAAUAUUGACGAUGAAUGUGAAGAAGAAAACAUUGAUUUUAUUAAAACAUCUGAUGAUGGUGUUGAAAAAGAGUAUGAUCUGCCGGGGUUGCCAGCCCUAGCUUUCUAUCGACACAAAUUCCGCACUAUCUAUGAUGGUGAUCUUAUGCACGAAGAAGCUAUACUGAAAUGGGUUUUGGAGCUACAUGACUCACAACCAGACGUUAUUGAAAGCGUAGAUAGAAAAACUUUAAAAGACCUGAUUGAUGACGUCGAGCAUUUGGCAGUUUUCUUUUAUAAUGAUAACUGCGAUACCUGCGACGAAGUUUUAGAGGAACUGGAAACUAUUGAUGAUGACACAGAUAAGCAUGGAAUACAAUUUGUUAAAUCAAAGGAUGCUAAAUUGGCUUCAGAUAUCGGUAUAUUUAGCUUUCCAGCUUUGGUUUACUACGAAACAGGAGUUCCAAUUAUGUAUGAUGGCAAUCUUCUCGAUGAGAGCGAAGUUUUGGACUGGAUGGUGAAACAAAAAGAAGAUGAAAGUAUAGAGGAGAUAGACAGAGACACCCUCUUUAAGUAUAUUGAGACGAAAGAAUUUUUAGCUGUUGUUUUCUAUAACGAAGAUGACCCAGGAAGUCCAAGAACAUUAAGACAUGUUGAACUUAUAGACGAUGAGGCUUCUGAAUAUGGAAUUAAAAUCGUCAAAUGUAGCGAUCGCUUAAUGGCAAAGAAAUAUGGUUUCCGAAAGCCACCUGGUAUCACAUACUUUCGUAAGACAAAAUAUAUAAACUACGACGGUGACAUGGAUGAUGAAGAGGAAAUCCUGGACUGGUUGACCAAUCCAGAGAACAUGGAAUUAACAGACCACAUCGAGAAAGUUAACAAAAAAAUGUUCCAGAAAUUACGGCAAACAUCAGACUAUGUUGCGGUGUUCUUUUACAGUAAUGACUGCAAACAGUGUCCCCGAGUACUGGCGGAGAUAGAGCACAUUGAUGACGACGCGGACGGCGCCGGUAUCAACUUUGUCAAAAUCGACGAUCGUCAAAUGGCUAAAGAAUACGGCGUCUUCGCUCUUCCUGCGGUGCUGUUCUUCAAGAUAGGCUCGAAGGAUCCUGUUAUUUACGCAGGAGACCUGUAUGAUGAACAACAACUACUCAGCUGGCUACUCACUCAAAAGAAUCCAGCAGGUGAUGUGAUAGAAGCUCUCGAGGGUCAAGAACUCUUAGAUCUGAUAGAAGAGUCAACUUCUCUAGCCGUCUAUUUUUACUCCAUGGAUUGCGAACAGUGUGCAGGAAUAUUAGAAGAACUUGAAAACAUUGAUGAUGACUGUGACAGACAUAAUAUAAAAUUUGUCAAAACUCAAGAUUACUCUAUAGCCGAAUCAUACGGAGUCACGGACUUUCCAGUGCUUGUAUACUUUGAGCAUAACAUUCCAAAUGUGUACGAAGGUUCGUUAGCUGAAGAAGAGGAAGUAUUGCAAUGGUUGAUAACACAGAAAACAGAAGAUCGCAUUGAGUUAAUCACUAGAGUUAUGCUCGAGAACAUGGUAGAGGAAACACAAUAUUUAGCUGUGUACUUUUAUAAAUUAAACUGCCACAUUUGUGAUACUAUAUUAGAUGAACUAGAAAAUAUAGAUGACGAAUGUGACGUGUACGGUAUACAUAUGGUCAAAAUACAAGAUCCACAGCUAGCAAAGCGAUAUUCAAUAAAAACAUUUCCCGCUAUGGUGUAUUUCAGAAAUGGUAACCCGUUAUUGUUUGAAGGUGAUUUGCAAAAUGAAGAAUCAAUCCUUGAGUGGCUCAUCGAUGAUGACAACCGCGAACUAGCUGAUGAAAUAGAAUCUGUCAAUGAUAGAAUGCUUGAGAGAUUACUGUUUGAAUCUCAUUUACUGGCUGUUUUUUUCUAUGACGAAGAGGAUUGCACAGAAUGCAGUGAAAUCCUCGAGGCGCUUGAACAGAUUGACGGCGAAGUUGAUCAAUUUGGAAUUGACUUCGUUAAAAUAUCAAGCUUAGAAGCAGCGGCAAAAUACAAUGUCAUCAAUAUUCCGUCACUGGUGUACUUCAGGAAACAGACACCAAUAUUCUAUGAUGGCGACUUGCAUCAAGUCGAUAAAGUCCUGCAAUGGCUCACUUCUCAGGAAGUUUUUGAAAUAAAAAAUGAAAUUGAAGAGGUUAACAGGAAAAUGCUGGACAAAUUACUUGAUGAGAAUGAGUUUCUUGCAGUCUAUUUCUAUGAAAACUCAGCUGAUAGCCGCAUAGUGUUGGAUAAAUUAGAGAACAUAGAUAGCGAGACGGACAAUUUGGACAUCACGUUUGUAAAAAUGCACGACUCUCGUUACGCUCGCAAGUGGGGCGUUACUAAACUACCCGCAAUUGUGUACUUUAGGAAGCGAUUUCCGAGUAUAUAUAGAGGGAAUAUAAUGAACGAAGAUGAAGUAUUAGAAUGGCUACGCAAGAACAGGUUCCGACAGCCAGAGCUUAAUAUAUUUAUGUACGCAUUGAUAGCACUGUCAAUAGCGUUUGUCUUAUAUACAGCCUUUUUACUGCAGUGCUUCAAACCGUUAACAUCGCCGCCCUCUCAACACCCGAAACAGGCGUGAAGGACUUUCAAUUAUAACCUAGCUUCGAGCUAGUUUGGUAGCAUUAUAAGAAGACAUUAUAAAACCAUAUCAAAACUUCAAAGUCUAUAAAGAUUUAUUUACAGGAUCGCCGUCUGUAGGCUAAUUAGUUUUUGGUAUUAUACUUAAUGUAGUUAACAAUUAGAAAUCAUGUUCAGCCAUAAUGGGAUGGGAAAUAUAGGUAGAGUUUGGUGGUUUUUCUAAUAACAGACCAAUAUAGAUUGAAAAUUAUACAAUGUUACUUUUAGGGUUAUGUCCUCUUGAAGCGUGUGCGAUUAAUUUCAACCAUCAUAAGUAUGCUAACUUACGAUUUUUAAGCCCACAGUCAAAAUAAUUAAAGGUUAGCCGCUCAGCCACUUGGGAUUUAAGAAAUUUAGAACAUUGUAAAUAUGCCCAAGAAAGAGUUUAAAAAAGAUGUUAUAGAAAUACAGUACUUAUGUCAUGUUAAACAACACAAAAUGGGAUCAAUCUUUAAUAGCUAAUAGAUUUGUAGGCUUUUACAAACACCUAACAAAAUUUUAGACACUGUUUUUAUUUCUUAUUAAUUCGGUAUACUUGUUGCAUGGUAAAAAUAGAACUUUCGUUGUAAUGAGCACACAUUUCGUUCAACUGAAAAAGUUAAUUUAAACGAUAUUUUUUUUUAAUUUUAGAUCCUUAAUUAUUUUACUAAAAUGCUAAGACCCUGAGGUAAUUAAUAUGUCUAACCUUACCCUAUUCAUUAAAUGAACGAUAAAGAUAUGCCUUCAAAAAGGAUUUUUGGAUUUCUACAAGAAAUCUUGAUUAUAACUAUUGAUGGUUUUUGAGUCUUGUAUAUUGUACAGAAUAUAUUUCAUUGUUUAUUAAGUUUUUCAUUAGGUACCUGUCUAUUAUUUUUUCUCUUGCUGAUUCUUGUUUAUCACAAUUGGAUCUAGUAUCUUCCAAUUACCUAAUACUUUUUAACUACCUAAUAGUAUUCUCGUAAAACGAGCGCGAUAUUAUUAUUCAGGUAAACUUUCGUACUCGCAAUGUUCUUUUCCACUCCAUUUCAUCAAAUGCUUUGUUUUGUCCAUGUCCAAAUUUAUCUCGAAAAUUAAUAUUUUUUAUCUUCCUUUUCAUAUGACAUGAAAAUAUCAUUCACUUCGUUUUUGAUUUAUUGUUUUUACAAUAUUUAUCCUUUUAUCUAGUAGUUAUGUGUCAAGAAGUGUUUUCGAUGCUAUUAAUCUUCAAGUCGCAUUGUAAUUUUAAUUUGGUGUGGUUUCUUCCUCUAAACAAGUGAAUUUGUUUUGGAUAGUUGAAAAAUGCUAUAUACUAUCUUAAGUUAUUUCAAUUCAAAGGACUAAAAAUAGGUAAAUAUUAAAAUUUAAAGUAGGUAUAUAACAGUAGUACUUAAGUGAAUUCACAUUACAAUUCAGUUAUCAACAACUCUAAGUUUGACAUGAUUAACCGCUUCUGUACGUGGGGUAAAAUCGUCUGUUAACUUUAUAGUUAUUGUGCAAUGUGCAGUUUUAAGUCAAUGUCCCCAUAGGUAUCUUCUUUGAUAUCAGAGUUUGGUAAUUGAGCAAGGUUGCUCACCUAUAUUCUAUCAUUCCCGCUCUUUUCUAUUAUUUUUCUUUUUUCAUAUGUAAGCUCUUUGAUAAGAAACCAAUCUUUUUGACUGAUCGAAGUCGGUUUUGCUUAAGUACCAAAAUAUAACACCUGUGUAACAAUUCCUAUAUGAAUAGUUAUUUCUAUAAAUACACUUUCAGUCUCGUCCGAUCAUAUUUUUAUUUGUAUGUUCCAGAUAUUCAUCAUUAGUAGGUAUAUUGCCGGAAGGAUACUUACCCAUUUAUGUAAUAACGACUUGAAAUAUCUCUUCACUAAAUCGUCUUUACAGUUUCACUAAGUGGGUUAGAUAGGUACCUACUGUCGCUCUUCAAUUUCUUUCUGACUCAAUAAGUUACUUAGAGCAGCUCUAUCAGCAACCUUGCAGAUAAUAUUUGCUUUGGAUAAUAUCACUGAAACGCAAUAUUAAUACCAAUCAAUGCAGGUAUUUCAGUUUGACUUGUAGGAGGUCUGCUUGAUAUUUAUUUAUAUUACUUUAAAAAUAUUAUGGUUAGAUCAAACUUCUUCUCUUGACAGAGAGCGGCCGUAGUUGUUAUCAAUUUUUGUUCAUAAAUAAUACUAACUUGCAUGACAUUUCUAUUGGGAAAGUUCGAUAGGCUAUUUGGAGACAAACUCCCAUCUUUCACAAAUAUUGACAGUAGCAGAUAGACUUUAAUAAAAACAAUUUAAAAGGAAUAGUAUUAAAAAGACAUGGCUUAAGUUUAAAUCCAAGGACAAGUCAUUGUUUACUUGAAAUUAUUAACUAUUAUACAUAGGUACAUUAAAAUUUUUAAUGUUUCUAUUUUCCUACUCCUUGUAUGAUUUUCGUAACCAAUGUAUUUAUGUCAACAUAGUUCAUUUGUGUCACUGUUUAAGCUGGACUCAAUACACUGUCCCUACUUGUAUUUUUAUAAAAAAGAGAUGUAUUGUCUUGACAUCUAGUCUGAAUUAAAUAUGUGUUAACAAUCAUUGUCACUGUCAUGACAUCGACAGUGACAUUAACCGUGUAACGAUGAGUGACAGCGGAAGCGCCAGUUUCUGCCAGUUCUGCCCCUUACCUUUCCCUACAUCGAACUAGGAGUCUUGAUAAUGCGCGAUUUUUAGAGCUAAGCUUAAUUUUUUAUCCUAAUGUAAAUUCCUCAAACUUGGGAAUUUAAUUCACGGACUAUGAAGCUUCAUUUUUGCUUGUCAUGUUUUUUAUAAUAAUUUUAGCCUAUAUGAUACCAUGGCCAAUCUAAAAUGAAAGGAACUUGAAGAGCUCACCAGUAAACAUCUUAUCUAGUCCCAUACGUUGUUAGUAUAGUCAUAGUCAGCGUAUUAAUAUGAUACGAGUCAAGAAGAUUGGAUGAGAAUUGCACCCAAGACCAGGUGCACAGCGAAUAUGUAAAUGAGCCAUAAUACCAAAAGCUCAACGGAUUCGCCGAGUGUUUAUAAUUUAUAUGAGGUUGUACAUAAAUGUAAAUAAGUUAAUUAUGAAUAAAACAUUAUGAAAAGAU